UCAACAUGCGCUCGGUCGUUUUGAUGAUGGCGGGCACCAGGAUAUGAACUCCUACUCAGAUCAUGGCACAACUCCUGCCGGGUCGUCUCUCCUGGCGAUGGGUCAAGAUCAUGCUGAACACCAACAGAAUGGUACUAAACCGAUGAAAGAUGAGUUGGAUGCGUUGUUUGAAGAUGACGAGGAGGACGACGACGAAAAUAGGCCUCUGCUUGUCGGAGGAGCAGGCGAGAUGAACUACAACUACCCUGAACAUCAUGUGGAUGAUGAGGUGGAGGACCAAGACCAUCUCUCGCUCAACGCACAAGACAAAGACUUCGAUAUGGAGAUGGAGCCGCAGGGGGUACUGGAUGAAGUUGAAGAAAACGAUGAACGGGAAAAAAUAGAUGUUGGGCCCCAACAAGAACAACCAGCAGAAGUUUUUUCUUCCAGCAAGGAAAGCGAAGUUGAAGAAGGUGGACCACUGCGUGGACGUCGAGGAGGAGGUGCUGAUACAGCGUCUGCUGCUGCUGGUCGCUCUUCUUCUCCAUUGACAAAGAGGAGAAAGAAGAUGACAGGCCGCGACCAGGAAGUAGGAGAAGAUGAUGACCAGCAAACUUUCGACCUGGUAGCUGCCACGCAAGAACAAGAAGUAGAUAAAACUGUGGUGGACACUUCUAAAGAGCGUGAAGAUCUUCAACAAGCCCUCGUCGAAGCAGAUGUGGAACCAGCAGAACCACCGCAUAAUCAUUUUGAAGAUCAAGAUCUAGCCAACGAGGAGAUAAAAAUGCUCCAAGACAGCAAGCUCAAGCAGCAGUCGCGUUUUUUGCCACUUCAGAAAGUUUUGGCGGAAGAGAAAGAGUGGUUUGAAAGAAAGAGGCGGCUGCAAGAAGAGAACGAGUGCAAACAAGAUGAACAGCAGGACAUCCUCCUCCGCAUCUCCAUCUUCGACCGUCGCGCCGAGAGCAAGGUGGACGAGCACAUAGGAAAUAAAGCCGGUGGCGGUACUGGUGGUUCAUCAUCCACCACUUGCCCCGUCGAGCCGAUUGGGAAAGUUUUGGAGAAGUGCGUGUUGGUCUGCGACGUGCUGGGAUCCACGUUGCUGUCCGAUUUUUCCCUGUUUUUGCUGGAUCAGCUGCACCGCAUGACACCCCAGUCCGGCGUGAUCUCGACUUUUCCCUCAGGGGUAGAGUGCAUUCUGGCGUGUCAAGACACCCUGUACGUGGCGCCGUUUCCGCAGUUUCGGGGAUUUGAGGUAGUCUCGAGAAGGAUUAAUACGAGAAGAAGUGGGCAGCACGAAGAAGAAGAAAAAGCAGAGGGAGGUGAUACUUGUGCCAGGUGGACCACCAACAGUUCUUGCGGGGAGUUUGUGGACCGUGUGGACGAGUGGUUGGAUCUGAAAUUUGGGAAGAAGAAAAUGAAUAAGGAGGAAAUGUUAGCGAUUGCGGACUUAGUUGAAGAUGAUCUUGCCAAGGACGAUGAAGAGGAAAUAAUGCCAUGCGAGGACAUGAAUCAAAAACAAGUAGAGGAACCCGAGAAGUGGAACACCUCCACGACCGCGAACAUCAAUGAGCACAGCUGCGUCGAAGAAAUGGAAACAAGCGACAACAAAUCCACAGCGUCCACCGCAAAACAAAAAAAGACGUUGAACCCGAGAAGUGGUCCUCCGACGAGCCCCCGGGAAGAAGAUGCAAAAAUAGUGAAAAAGCCGCAAUCUGCGUUCCGGUUUCGGGACUUGUGGUCAACAACAUCAGUAUCUUCGUCUUCUUCUUCCUCAACCAGGAGCAGUAGUUCUUCAGAAGAGAACCAAGACUACACGAAGAUGAGCACGAUGAACCCCCUCCUCGAGAUUGGCAGUUUGAACACACUACUUUUCGGCAGCAACACGGAAAAGUACCCCCACAACGUCGUCGUCGAGAACGUGACCUGGUUCAAACCCGACUCGCUCCACCACCCGAACGAGCACGAAGACCCACAGAAGGUGUUCGACCUGGGCAGCCGGGUGCACGACGGCUCCUUUUCGUCAGGUUUGUCCUACCCCCGGGUGGUGGCAAAGACCCGCGUGUUUGUGCAAAGGUGCGACGCCUGCACCAGUGCGACGGCGGACCUGGUGGUGCGGAAUUUGAAGUAUUCGAACAAGAUGUACGCGUACAAUCGGAUCUGCAAUAACUGUCUGGACAAACUUACCGGGGGGAAGGACCACCCGCUGGGCGGGAAAAACCUAAAAGCAUACCCGCUCAACCAGAUGCCGUGAAGAGAGGGAGCAGGAAGGAUCUGGCAGGAGGGGAUGUUGUGCAUCUUUCACGUACUGUCAAGAGUAUUCGUCUUCUUUCCAAAUAAAUCAUCUCAUAGAUACAGUGACGCUUUGACUCAUGAACAGGAUGAUGAAGUACAGCACAUCAGUAGAACACCAACCAACACCGGCCAAAGUAGGGCUUCGGUUUUUGUGUGAAGUAGAAGAAAAAGUAAACUACAAGUAUAAGAAAAAAUUCAAAGGAAA